AGGGAAAACAUGAAUACUUGGUUUUUCCAACAAAUAAACAAGGUACAUAGCUUACACGUUGAGGGUGAAAGGCUGGACAAUAUGCAGUUCUCCCAGACAACCUCCGGGCGCCGCUGUUGACCAAAGGGAAGAAAGGUUCGCAAUUCUUCGGGAGAGUUGGGCAGUGUUUUCCGGCUUUAUCCUGAGCGCAUCAGAACACGGAGGCGGCGCCUGUGCACCCACCAACUCAAGUCCUACUCUCAAAUCACAAAAGUCCAGGUGCUGUCAGUGAUUUUUUUUUAAACAUCCCAGAGACAUCCUGAAAAGAAGCUUCCCAGGGAGUUAAAAAAAAAUGCAAAGACGCUCCAGAAAAGCUGAACCGAUGAAAAUUCAGGUACUGUUUCUCUUCCUGCUGUCUUUGUUAUGGGGGGCUAUCUCCCAGCAGAUCCAAUACACUAUUCCGGAGGAGCUGGCCAAGGGCUUGCGGGUGGGGAACCUCGCCAAGGACCUGAAGCUCAGUGUCCAGGAGGUGCCAGCUCGAAAACUGCGGGUUAGUGCAGAGAAUUUCUUCAGUGUGAGUGCAGAGAGUGGGGAUUUGUUAGUGAAUGGUAGGAUAGAUCGAGAGGAAAUUUGCGGUAGGAAAUCUGAGUGUGCGCUAGAAUUUGAAAUGGUUGCUGAAAAUCCAAUGAAUGUUUUCCACGUGAUUGUUGCAAUCCAAGAUAUUAAUGACAAUGCACCAUGUUUCACUGCAAAAGGCAUUGAUUUGGAAAUCUGUGAGUCAGCCUUACCAGGUGUAAAAUUCCCUCUGGAUUCUGCACAAGAUGCAGAUGUAGAAAGUAACUCACUGAAGAUAUACACUAUCAACUCCAACGAACACUUCUCUGUGACAACUAAGGAAAGUCCUGAUGGAAGUAAAUACCCAGAAUUACUGCUGGAAAAACCUCUGGACAGAGAACGGCAGAGCUCCCACCAGUUAAUCCUGACCGCCAUGGACGGUGGAGACCCUCCACUAAGCGGCACCACCCAGAUCCGGAUUCAGGUCACCGAUGCCAAUGAUAAUGCUCCAGUGUUCAGGCAGGACACAUACAAAGUUAGCCUCCAAGAGAAUGUGCCUUCAGGGACCUCCGUGCUCCAAGUGAUGGCCACCGACCAGGACGAGGGUGUUAACGCAGAGAUCACCUAUGCCUUCCUCAGUGCCCCAACAAGUACCAGCCUCCUCUUCAAUCUCAAUCCAAAUACUGGUGACAUUACAACCAAUGGUACAUUGGACUUUGAAAAGACAAGUAGAUAUAUGUUGGUUGUAGAAGCCAGGGAUGGAGGGAUGCACACGGCUCACUGUAAUGUUCAGAUUGAAAUUGUUGAUGAGAAUGAUAAUGCCCCAGAGGUCAUGUUGAUGUCCUCUUCUAACCAGAUUCCCGAGGACUCAAACCUUGGAACCGUAGUAGCCCUCUUUAAAGUGAGAGACCGGGACUCUGGGCAAAACGGUCUGGUGACGUGCUAUAUUCAGGAAGACGUUCCUUUCAAGUUAGAAUCCACCUCCAAGAAUUAUUACAAGCUGGUGAUUGACAAUGCCCUAGAUAGGGAGCAAAUGGCGGAGUAUAAUGUCACCAUCACAGCCACUGACAAGGGCAAGCCCUCGCUAUUCUCCAGUACAAGCAUCACCCUACACAUCAGCGAUAUCAACGACAACGUGCCGGUUUUCCACCAGGCCUCUUACGUGGUCCACGUGGCCGAGAACAAUCCUCCAGGCGCCUCUAUUGCGCAAGUCAGCGCCUUUGACCCGGAUCUGGGACACAACGGCCGCGUCUCCUACUCCAUUGUGGCCAGCGACCUGGAGCCACGGGCGCUGGCGUCCUACGUGUCCGUGAGCGCGCAGAGCGGCGUGGUGUUCGCGCAGCGCGCCUUCGACCACGAGCAGCUGCGCGCCUUCGAGCUGACCCUGCAGGCCCGCGACCAGGGCUCGCCGGCGCUCAGCGCCAACGUGAGCCUGCGCGUGUUGGUGGACGACCGCAACGACAACGCGCCGCGGGUGCUGUACCCGGCGCUGGGGCCCGACGGCUCGGCGCUCUUCGACACGGUGCCGCGCGCCGCGCAGCCCGGCUACCUGGUCACCAAGGUGGUGGCGGUAGACGCCGACUCGGGACACAAUGCCUGGCUGUCGUACCACGUGCUGCAGGCCAGCGAGCCGGGACUCUUCAGCCUGGGGCUGCGCACGGGCGAGGUGCGCACGGCGCGUGCUUUGGGCGACAGGGACGCGGCCCGCCAGCGCCUGCUGGUCGCUGUGCGGGAUGGGGGACAGCCGCCCCUCUCGGCCACAGCCACGCUGCUCCUGGUUUUCGCUGACAGUUUACAGGAGGUGCUUCCGGAUGUCAGCGACCGGCCGGCGCCCUCUGACCCUCAGGGCAGAGCUGCAGUUUUACCUGGUGGUGGCUUUGGCCUUGAUUUCGGUGCUCUUCCUCCUCGCGGUGAUUCUGGCGGUUGCCCUGCGCCUGGGACGCUCCUCCAGCCCCGCUGCCUGGGGCUGCUUUAGGCGAGAUCUCAGUUCCAAGUCCGGACCUCGGGUUCUCCCCACUUACAGCGAAGGGACUUUGCCCUAUUCCUACAAUCUGUGCGUGGCCUCACGAUUAGCUAAGACAGAAUUUACUUUUCCCAACCUGAAAGCGGAAAUAGUU